AUGAGCCCUUUGAGGGAAUCUCUUGGUCUCCACAACAACCCCAACAACCCCGACCUACCCAAGUCUUUAGAGUUUUUGCAUACCGCCGUUACUACCACCCUCAAGACUCAAAACAUGCCAAUUCUUAAAAAAACGGGCAUACGCUCUACAUUCUUUCCGGACGGAACUACUCAGCCAGUAGAUGGUGCUGAACAUGAGCAGCACGAGGACGCUUCUACCAACGGGGAAAAGAACGAAGACAACAACAUUGUUUUGAUUGCCUUUGAAGAAAACGACCCGGAAAACCCUCUCAACUGGAGCAAGCCUAGGAAAUGGCUUACAACUACUCUCCUCAACUCGAUGACCCUGAUCAUCGGUUUGAGUACCUCUGCAUACUCUCCAACUACCAGUUUUAUUGCACAGGACCUCGGUGUCUCCUCGGAAGCUGCUAACGUUGGUAUGUUUACAUUCAACGCUGCUUGCUCUAUCGGUCCACUCUUCCUUGCACCAUUCUGUGAAAUGGUUGGAAGAAGAUAUGUCUAUUUGUUCGGUUUCUUCGCUUUCACAGCCGUCUUCCCUAUGUUGGGAGCAGGUACGAAUAUCGGUACCAUGAUCGUCGGUAGAUUACUCUCCGGUCUUUUCGGUUGCAUUGGUACUAUUCUCGUUGGUGGUACACUCGCUGAUAUCUGGAAGGAUGACGAGCGGUCUGUGCCUAUGUCUCAAUUCACAUUCGUUGCCAUCUUCUCUACAAUUGCCGCACCAACUUAUUGUGGUUACAUUAUUGAGGGCGUUGAUUAUAGAUGGGUGGAGUGGGUUCACAUGAUAGCCUCUGGAACUCUCUUUAUCAUCGAACUCUUCCUCUUCAAGGAGACACGCGGUGCCACCAUUCUCGCCCAGCGUGCUAAGAAGAUGAGGCAAGAGACUGGCGACAACAGGUUCAGAGCGCCAAUCGAAUUGGAAUCUGAGUCCGUCAAGAUGCUUCUUCACAAGUCGUGCACCCGUGCCAUUAUGCUUCUCUUCCGCGAACCGGUCAUUCUUUUCUUUGGUCUCUGGAUUGCCCUUGCUUGGGGUUUAGUGUUCUUGUUCUUGACCGUUAUUCCUCUUACAUUUGAAGGUAACCACGGCUGGUCCACUGGUAACGGCGGAUUGCCUUACAUCGGCUUGAUGAUUGGAUGUGUACUUGGUUACAUCUCUGGAUACUGGUCGGAUCAUAAGUUCAACCAAGCAACUGAGAGAAACAAUGGUAGGACUGUUCCUGAAGCUAGACUGUACGGUGCUAUGUUCUUUGCACCUUUCUUCCCUAUCGGGUUGUACAUCUUCGCCUUCACGCAGUACUCCUUUGUUCACUGGAUUGCUCCAAUCAUCGCACUCGUGCCGAUGAUCUUUGGUAUCUACCACAUCUUCCUUGCAACUUACAAUUAUACCUCUGACUCUUACGGAGAGUACUCUUCCUCAGGUAUCGCCGCGCAAGGAUUGUUGCGUAAUAUGUUAGGUGCCGUCACGCCUCUUUUCGGUAGUCAGAUGUUCCAUGGAAUGGGAUUCCAGUUCGCGGGUCUGUUCAUUGCACUUUUGGCAACAAUCCUCGCACCAAUCCCAUAUGUGCUCUUCUUCAAGGGUAAGACAAUCAGAGCACGCUCCAAGUUCGCAUCUGCCACCACUGGUAUGGCUGACGAGCAGCGCGAUACCGCUUCAAAUGCAGAACUAGGCCACACUGCCCAGGAAGCCAAGGCGUAG